CUUUCAAUGCAACAUAUAGUCAUAUGAUAGGUAGUUCUUUUUAUUACAUAACGGCACCCUCCUCUAGGCGCCAUACUCUACGAGCUAGCCCAACUAUUUGAUUGAAUAAAUCCUCGCCCUUCCCCUUAACUUGCCUUCUUCAUGACUCGGAUUCGUAGUCCGAAGCGGCAAAGAGUGAAGACAACACAUGGAGAAGAAUAUUUCGGUUGGAGUGAGGAAAGGUACUUGGAUUCCCGAAGAAGAUACGCUCCUGAAGAAAUGCAUUGAGAAGUACGGAGAGGGAAAAUGGCAUCUUGUCCCUAUGAGAGCAGGGCUGAGUAGAUGCAGAAAGAGUUGCAGAUUGAGAUGGUUGAACUAUCUGAAGCCAAAUAUCAAAAGAGGCCAAUUCGCUAAAGAUGAAGUUGACCUCAUUAUUAGGCUUCAUAAGCUGUUAGGCAACAGAUGGUCACUGAUAGCCGGUAGACUUCCGGGAAGAACAGCAAACGAUGUGAAAAACUUCUGGAACAGCCAAAUCGAGAAAACAGAGAGGACCAAACUGAAAACCAAAGUCGAGAAAAUAAUUACCACUACCAACAUCUUAAGACCCCGACCUCGAAUUCCCUCCAACUUAAAAGUACCUUGGCCGAGGAAAAUAAGAGAAACAACUCAAUCAAAUAUUGGCCCCAGAACUGAUCAUGAAGAUCUCGAAAACAGACAGCGCCCAUCUUCUGAAGCUGAUGAAUGCAUAAGGUGGUGGAGCAACUUGCUUGAAACGACGAAUGUAGAGAAUGGUAUGGUUGCCGAUCUAGAGAAACAAACAGGCGAGACGUCGACGGGUUUGCAUGAUCGUGAUGAUGCGUUCGGCGAUUUCAACAUUGACCUGGAUGUUGGGGAACUUUUGUGCUUUGGCGAAGAAUGCUAAUUUGGUGUGUAAUUGGGCUUGUUAGUACGCGGGUGUCGGGUGGCAUAACGUUUCAAUAAUUUAUAAUUACUAUUAUUAUUAUUUUAAAGUUGAAAACAAUAGAGUUACAUAUUGGUAUUCCGGUUC